AUGGACAUCCCUGCACUACCGCUCUUCGACGCCAUUCGCGGUGUCAUGGCUGGUUCAUGGCCAGACGAUGAGUACGAUCUCGCAGAGUCACCGCUUUCGUAUGUAGACUACCGGAAGCAGAAACUCGAUUGCGGUGAACCAGUCACCAUCACGACACCAUCCAUCACCAUCGUGAAGCAAGACGCCGAGCCCGAGUCGGUCGUCGUUGUCGGGGAGCCAAGCCCCGAGUCCGGGGACAGCGCAGACCCAGCGCCUAAGGCUGAAUCAGGACCUAAGUUGGGAACUGAGACAAGCGAGACAGAUAUAGAUACAAAAGGGACAGGUUACGUCGAUGCUGGUGUGCAAACUGACGGUUCGUGGCUUAACGCAAUGUUAGGAUUCGAGGCGCCAAGAGAAAAGGAUAUUUCAGCGAGUGCAUUACAAGACGGGAGGGAGGAGGACGGAAGGACAGUUUUGGGCACUGAAGUUGAAGAAGGGAAUAACCUUCCGACGCGCUCCCGUAGAAACACUUUGGUCCAAACUGAAGGCACUAGCCACUUGGACCCCCUUCGACCCAUCACUAGUGGUGGUGAUUCGACGGAAACAUUAUCUAUUAAUUCUGACGGGCCCACGGAAGUGUCGACAGCAGUUCAAGUGAGGAUCUUUAGCUCACCACCUCCCUCCUCCGUCACUACCUUACCUCUCGACCGACACGAUUCUGGCUUCUUCCCCACACCAACUUCACGGCCACAGACUCCUCCUUUGAAAUCAAAAUCGAGACGAUCACUCCCACCAAGUCCACCACCGAGUCCGCCAUCCAUGAGGAGGCAAGCAGUGGUCGUCGGUCAGUCGCUGAUUGAGCGAAAAAGCACGGAGUCGACAACAACAAGCACCUCGGCCCGGAUAAUCUCCAUAGAAAAUCCCCAACCAAGCUCGGUGUCGAUAGUCAGUCACAACUUUAGUACAACCUCCGUGACGCGUCCCCGAUUCAGCACGAGUUCCCUGAUAGUGCCAAACUCUCUCUAUUCAUCACCGAAGAGUUCCCGCUUCUUUGAGGAUUUAAGUGACGAGCUCCGACCCGGAACUGCCGCGAGUGUGGAAGAACUCGCGCGACAAUCGGAACCAAAAAAGGCGCCCAGCGUAAGACCGUGCACUACCGUACCGUCAGUGCAGUCGGAAAAGAUCACCACAUCUCUUGUGCGUCCAGCGACUGCGCCCGGCCCGUCUACCCCAUCGAAGGGAAAGCAUAGGAAGCUGAAAUUAAGACUGCUGAAAGGUUGUGGCCUCAAGAUCGGUAUCCCGCAAUGGGCCAAGAAGAAGAAGUCUUCUAAUGAGGGGAAGAGGGUUGUUAGUUAUGAGAGCACGGUCUUGACAUUGGCCAGUGAAAAGGCAUAA